GAGAGAGCGCGCAGAGAGAGCAGAAAGAGAGAGGGGAUUGCUACUUUCUCCCCGCUGAUAGAAACACACAGCAGAAGUUGAGAGCGCGCGGCUCCGGAUCUAUUCUGGAGGUUUCGCUGUUCUAAUCACACGCGCGUUCGUUCUGAGCGGAUCCGUCGGAGAAUUCUGCUAUGAGCCGGAUGCGACAGAAAGCCUGAUUGAUCAUUGAUGAGCGAUUGAAUGAUUGAAACAUUUGUCCACCUGCAGCUGGAGACGCCGGUGCGCUGAGCGCGUCUUGCGGGUUUUGCGCUUUUACGCAUCGGCUGGAUUUGCGCACAGGAGGGAUGUUGAAGACACCUGUCGUGGUUUUCACUUCUUUAUCGCUGCUAUUGUCGCUGUCAUGUGCAGGAGAUGUAAAAUCGCGCAGCUGCAGCGAUGUGCGACAGGCGUUCACGACCAAAGGCUCCAGUCUCCAUAAUGUGCCACAUCAGGAGAUACCAGGUGAACAUCUGCGGGUUUGUUCCCAGGGCUACACCUGCUGCACUUCAGACAUGGAGGACAGGCUCGGCCAGCAGAGUAAACUGGAUUUCGAGAAAUUAGUGGAUGAGAACAGCCACACCAUACGGACGAUAUUUACCUCCAGGCACAAAAAGUUUGACGAAUUCUUUCUGGAGUUGCUGGACAACUCAGAAAAGUCUCUGAACGACAUGUUUGUGCGCACAUACGGCAAACUGUACACGCACAACUCGGAGAUGUUCGAGGAUCUGUUCUCCGAGCUCAAGCGAUACUACACCGGCGGAAACGUCAACCUGGAGGAAGUGCUGAACGACUUCUGGUCCAGACUCCUGGAGCGCAUGUUUCAGCUGCUCAACUCUCAGUAUACCUUCACAGACGACUAUCUGGAGUGCAUCAGCAAAUACACCGACCAGUUAAAGCCCUUCGGAGACGUGCCGCGCAAGCUCAAGGCUCAGGUCACCAAGGCCUUCAUCGCGGCUCGCUCGUUCGUUCAAGGACUCAUGGUGGGUCGGGAAGUGGCCAACAGAGUGGCAAAGGUCAAUAUAUCUCCAGGUUGCAGUAAAGCAUUGACUAAAAUGCUGUACUGUCCGUACUGUGGAGGAAUUCCAGGCCUCAAACCCUGCGCCAACUACUGCCAAAACGUCAUGCGGGGCUGCCUGGCCAACCAAGCGGACCUGGACCCGGAGUGGAACCUCUUCAUCGAUGCCAUGCUGCUGGUGGCUGAAAGACUGGAAGGGCCCUUCAACAUUGAGGCCGUCAUGGAGCCGAUAGAUGUAAAGAUCUCUGAGGCCAUAAUGACCAUGCAGGACAACAGCAUGCAAGUUUCAUCCAAGGUGUUUCAGGGAUGCGGUCAUCCCAAAGCAGCUGGAGUGGGCCGAUCUGCCCGCGGGAUCUCGGAUGUGUUCAACAGUCGCUUCAGACCCUACAGUCCAGAAGAGAGGCCGACCACGGCAGCCGGCACCAGCCUGGACAGACUGAGGAUUGUCUGGAGGACGAUGCAACACAGCGUGAUCGACAUUAAGGAGAAACUGAAGGAGUCGAAGAAAUUCUGGUCGUCGCUGCCAGACAGCAUCUGUGUAGAGGACGAAGUGACUGACCCAGAUGAAGAGCAGUGCUGGAACAGUCACACAAAGGGAAGAUAUUUCCCUGAAGUUGUAAAAGAUGGCCUCACGAACCAGCUCAAUAACCCUGAGGUGGAAGUGGACAUCACGAGACCGGACACCUUCAUCAGACAGCAGAUCAUGACCCUGAGAGUGAUGACCAACAAGCUGCGAAACGCCUACAACGGCAAAGACGUCUACUUCCAGGACUCCAGUGAUGAGGAGAGCGGCUCGGGCAGCGGAAGCGGCUUCACCACAGAGCCGGAAGUGGUCCAUACGGAGCCGCCGAUGCUGGAAGCAGACAAAAGCGACCCUCAGCCACCAGCAGACGCGGCGGGCCCUCAGCAGAUGCCUUCUCUGCGGUUACUAUCCGCUGUAACGGCCCUCACAUGGCUGCUGCUGCGGUGGAGAUAAUGGCAGUAGGCGGCACGCAGCCACACGGACGCUUAAGACAGACGCAGCGUCGCUCGCGCUGUUAGCCUUUCCCUAACUGGACCGGACGUUUUCCAAAAAAAUAGCAAGAAAAAGCCCAUGAAAAAAGGAGAGCAAGCUAGCUAGCUAGACGUGAAGAGGAAACCUUUGCAUCCUGCUUGUUCCAAAGAAUGCUUGGUGCAAUCAGAAGCCAACUGCUCUCAUUUCUAAAUGAAGUUAAAAGAAAAGCAAACUUUUCGGAUGAAAAGUGGUCGCCGUGCAAAUGGGAUCGCUUUACUUUUUCGGGAAAGAAUGGGAAAAUAUGAAAAUCUAUUUUUGUUUUCCUUUUAUACUGCAUAAAAUGAGACAACAAAAUACGCUUUUUUUUUUUAGUGUUUCGCCCCUCCCGAGAUCAUUGUGCGAUUAAAAAGCAGACGUUAUAAAGAAAAAAGUAAGAAUAAAAAUCUAUAUAAAUCAACUUGUUUAUGUACCACUGUGAGAAUGCAUGGGGAGGUCAUGAGUAAAUGUUUUUAACUGUGAUUUUCACACAAUGUGUUUUGACUUACAUUUUUUCUUUUUCUUUUGUUGAAGUGUUUUUGUUGUUAUUUUGCAAGGCUGAUGGCGAUUUAAGGUCAUUUUAUAGGACUUCAGAUGGUGAGCGUGAAGGUCGAGUUUUACCGAGGGCUGCUCCUGCUUAAUUCAGAAUUAAUGAUCCAUAUCUUAAUAUAUAAAGGUUUUAGUUAAAAAAUGUUUUCUUACAGAGAAAGAUUUAUUUAUAUUUCUAAUAUAAUUAUAUAUUUUGGCUUUACCAGUUAGCAACUUUUAUUCAAAAGCGCAUAUCUAACAAAAUAGCUCUCGCAAAGAAUGAUGUUUUUUGCUCUUUUCAGUGCAAACCCGUUAAUUUAUUUAACAAAUAUUUUCUUUUUGGAUGUACCUGAUACAGGCUAUUUUAAAAGAAAUUGAUUUCCUUUGCCCUGUAUGUCAUUCUGAUUUGGGAUAGUGUUUCUAUUGAAAAGCCAGUGUUAAACCCAACUGAUUCAUGUUCCUUACGCUCAUUUAUAUACUCAUUGUAAUCGAUUAUGUAUAUGCACAACCCUCGUUUACUUAUCAACAGCUUUUUCAUUUUUCAGUCUUUAUAUGUAGCUCACCAUAUCAUCGUUUCAUGUAUAAACAUUUACAUUUACAAAAUUAUUUUGUCGUGAAACAACAGGCCUCAUUUAUGAAACUAAAGCAGAUUCAAUUUGUGCGUAAAUAUUAAAUAUAUAAGACGUCUAUUUUAUUCUAUAUUUUGCAACAUGUGAAAUGUUUCUUUGAAUUUGCAUUUUAGACAGAUUUGGAGAAAUGUAGCAUUCCAUCACUUGCUCACCUGUGGAUGCUCUGCAGUGAAUGGGUGCCGUCAGAAUGAGAGUCCCUACAGCUGAUAAAAACAUCACAAUAAUCCACACCACUCCAGUCCAUCAGUUAACGUUUUGAGAAGCCAAAAGCUGAGUGUUUGUAAGAAACAAAUCCAUCAAGACGUUUCUAACCUUAAAUUGUUGCUUCCAGCUAAAAUACAAAAUAAAAUGCUUCCUCCAAUGAAAACGUUGUCUCGUCUGAAUCGGGAAGGAAAUAUGCACAAAUCAAGCACUGUUAACAAGAGAAAACCGUGCAAAACAGUUGUAAACAAAUAUGUGUGUGGAUUUUGAUGUGAGAGACAACAGGAGAUGGACUUUUUCCCUGGUACAUAGCUUUUCUCUUCUCAAGAUGUUAACUGAUGGACUGGAGUGGUGUGGAUUACUCUCAUUCUGACGGCACCCAUUCACUGCAGAGGAUCCAUUGGUGAUGGAGUGCAACAUUUAUCCAAAUCUGAUGAAGAUACAAACUCAUCUACAUCUUUAAUUUUUGGGUGAAUAAAUUCAAUUUAAAUUGCAUUCGACAUUUUUUAUAAAAGAUUUACAUUGUUCUGCUUAUGUUUCACGAACGAGGCCCAAUGAGUUUGAGUCGCUAUGAAUAUUACAAGGGCACUUUCUUGGUUUGACUUGUAUCUGUAGUUAUGAAUGUUCCCAAUCCAGUGCAAUUCAAAUCCGAUUUACACAUUGAACAAACUGACAGAAUUACCAGUUUAAUGGCUCAGACCUCCCGUUAUGAAUGCUGGCAUGUGUUAAUGUAUCGUUUUAUGACAGCCUCUCCAAACAACUUGUGGUUUAUGGAAGGACGCCGUGCAUUCAUCCAGAACCGUAAAGCUGUGCUUUGUGUUCAAAGCCGCCUGCUAAAACAUCAUGCUCUUGUCAUCAUUGAAAUGCAAAGAUGCUAAAAGAUCCUCUAAUGUCCUCUUCUCAUAGAUGCGUGAAGGUUGAAUUGAAGCAUCAGUGAGGACGGGUGGCGUGUGGAAUAUAGACACACAAACAGCUUUGAAAAUGAAAUGUGAGAGAGUCCGGUGAUGCUCCACUGCAUCUGGUUUUGAAGGCAGGACAGGUAGCAGAAGACGGUGUGCUUUUUGCUCAUGCCUGGGUACUUUUGUCUUCACAGAAAGGCUCAGAAAGCACCUCGGUGGGUUUUGGAAAUGAGAAAUUCAGUGAGCCAAGAGAGAGGGCGCGUUGAGGAAAGGUCAAACACAUAGCUGUGUCUUAAAGUCAACAUGAAGUCAGAUUUUGAACCCUGUUCACUGUAACAUCUUCCUAGCCCUUGUGCUGUGCUGAAAGUCCUUUAGCCAGUUUGGUGUUCGUGGUCAAAAAUGACCAGCCUUUUCAAAAUUGCUUGUAAAUCUGUCAUUGUGCUAUAUUAUCACCAAAUCUUAGAUUCAAUCUUUUUGUCAGCGUGUUUUUUUUUUUCAAUUAGCACAGGUUUUGUAUUUCUUUUUGGAGUUGUUUGGUUGCUGGCUUCAUUGAUCUAAACUUGUGCACCUCAGCUUUUGAGUGAAUAUUGCUAAAAUUACACCUUAAUUUAACAUUUUAAUUUUACACCUUAACAUUGCAAAUGUUUUUCCUUAAGCAACAUUUAUAUAUAUAUAUAUAUAUAUAUGCUAAUUUGGUAUAAAGCAUUAUGUCUUGAAUUUUUAACAUUUUUACAUCUAUUUUCACAUUUCAUAGUCAAGCAACCUUUAAAAUACGUAGAAAAAACAGAAAACACUGAGAACGCUAACACUAAUAGUGAACACUUUUGAAAACUAGACUAAUAGAAAAAAAAAGAAUUUAAAAUUAUAUUAAAAAUUCUAAACUGUAAUACUUUGCCAAAUGCCAUAUUUAUAAUAAUUCUAAAAUUAAAUUCAAUUAAUUAAAAAAAAAAAAAAAAAAUGUAGGCUAGUCAUUUUUGACCAGGAACACCACAAGUUCAACAAGUAGGUAAAAAAAAUAAUACACCAUGCCAAAAACACAACAUGAGGGUUAAAUUAACUUUAAAAUCAUGUUUGUUUGUUUUUUUGUUUGUUUGUUUUCUCUCACUUAAAAUAAACAUAAUGGAAGUAAAAUACAGUAGGUAAUUUUGUGUUGAAAUGCAGAUGCAAAUGCAGAAAAAGAAUAAAAAACAAACAUAAUGAUUUCUAGAAGGUAUAAUUCGUGAAUGCUCAUCAGAUGCUAACUUUACUUCAAGGAAGUCAAAAGUGGUUGAGGGUCUCAAAAAGGCUAGUUGCUAUAUAGAUCACGAAGGGACAAGUUAGCGCAAAAACGCACGUUUUUUUUCUGUUUUCUCUUCCAUUGCCCUCCUUUCUUGUGCGCUCCAGUCAGAAUCUGAAGACGAAGCAUGUCAUGUAAAACUUUUCCUAAUAGCUUGCGUGUUUCUACUUGUGGUCUGAAUGUAUUUGGCUUUUCUCUUUUGUGUGGAGAUGAUAUCGAUUCAACGGUAUUGCCUAUUUUAUUGGUCUCGGAGGAUGCGAAGACUUAAGCCGUCCAUCCGUCAAAUGGGAUUUAUUUUUCAUGUUGUAAUGUGUUUGAUGGAUACAAACGAGAUCCAAGCACUCAGAGUGAAUCUGUUUCUAUAGUUUUGCUUUCUUUUUCCACAUUGCACUUUGAAAUUGAGUUCCACAUUUAGAUCUUUAUAUGAGUGACGAAACAAGAAAAAAAAAGAAUAACGUUUACAUGUAAACAAGUACAAGCCAUGUCAAAUACAUGUUUGAAACACUUUGCGAAGAUUGUUGUGUGAAAGUGAACGUUGUUCCUACUGAAGCACGCUGCUUUGAGCUACUAUAGGUGAAGUUUUAAUGCGACGUUUAUGUCGUGCAAGCAGACAUGCCUUACAGUUUGUUUCUUUUCUUUUUUUUUUAAAGAAAAAAAAAGUACUAAAUGGAUUGCAUAUUUGGAUUUUGUUACUCUCUCUUAUAUACUGACAAGUAAUGAAG